CUGCUCACGGAGGAUGACGUCUACUGCCGGUGCCUGUCCAAGACGCUGUGUCACACGUCCACGCCGGUCACCGUGGGCGUCUACGCGCCCUGCGGCCGGCGCCUCUACUCGCUGCUGGACAAGAACAUCGAGUUCAUCUUCAUCCGCUUCAGCGCGUGGCAGUACGCCGGCUGCGACAAGCUGUGGGCCGGGCUGGUGACCACGCUCUGCGACAGCGUCCGCCAGCACUUCGGGGCCCUCCCGCUCAGCGUCUACCACGUCAUGGGCAGCCGGCCCCGCUACGCGUCCGGCUUCAGCCAGCGCGAGUGGGUGCUCAAGAAGGACACGUGUCUCAAGCUCUGGGGGCUGGUGGCCCUGCUGAGCGCGGGGCUCGUGGUGCUGCUGGUGGCCUUGUUGGUGCCGGGCAUCAAGGACAACCACGCGCUCAAGGUGGCCGGCAGCAGUGGCUCUGGGCUGGUGCUGGGCGCCGCCUCCAUCCUCAAGAACCUGCUCAUCAGCGAGAAGAAGAAGAUCGAGCACUUGACCAACAGCGAGAAGUUCACGAGCCAGCUGGGCUUCAUGAGCAAGGUGCGCAGCGAGGUGGAGGUGCUCAUCGGCUUCCUGGCCUUCAUGGAGAUCUUCGAGCGGCGGCAGCUCCGCGUCGUGCUGGAGAUCACCAGCCUGGACAUCUGCUACCCGGAGAAGGUGGCCGGGGUGCUCAACGCCAUGAACACGCUGCUCUCGGACGCCAACAGCCCCUUCAUCUUCCUGCUGGCCGUGGACCCCAGCGUCAUCGUGCCGUGCCUGGAGCAGACGAGCUGCAUGAAGGGCCUGGCCGACAACGGCUACCUGUACCUGAACCGCACGGUGACGCUGCCCUUCUCCAUCCCGGAGAUGGGCACGCGCUCCAAGCUGCAGUGCCUGGAGGAGGCGGUGCAGACGCGCGAGGACCUCAUGUACCGCAUCAUCACGCGCAACGUGGAGCGCGGCCACCGGCGCGCCAAGGGCGCCGUGGCGCCGGUGCGCAACCGUGUGGGCGGUCCCGGAGCCGGGAUCGUUCCGGAGAAAGAGAGGAAAAGCAAAUGCGAGUGGGAUCGGUAG